CAAAGAGAGAAACGACGAUGAUUCGUGUGAAGGAGGAAGUGAAGAAGCAGCUAUGGCUUUCUGCACCACUCAUUGGUGUUAGCCUUCUUCAAUACUCUCUCCAAGUCAUCUCCGUCAUGUUCGUCGGCCAUCUCGGCUCUCUUCCCCUCUCCGCCGCCUCUAUCGCCACCUCCUUUGCCUCUGUUACCGGCUUCACCUUCCUCUUGGGAACAGCGAGUGCAUUGGAGACUUUAUGUGGCCAAGCGUACGGAGCAAAACUGUACGGAAAAUUGGGCAUCCAAAUGCAGAGAGCAAUGUUUGUACUUCUUAUACUCUCUGUUCCUCUCUCAAUCAUUUGGGCUAACACAGAACAGAUUCUCGUAUUGGUCCAUCUAGACAAGUCUAUUGCAAGUGUUGCUGGCUCCUACGCUAAAUACAUGAUCCCGAGUCUCUUCGCCUACGGAUUACUUCAAUGCAUCAACAGGUUCUUGCAAGCGCAGAACAAUGUGUUCCCUGUCUUUGUCUGCUCUGGUAUCACCACUUGUCUUCAUUUGCUUCUCUGUUGGUUGUUUGUUUUGAAGACUGGUUUAGGAUACAGAGGAGCUGCUCUCGCUAUCUCGGUCUCUUACUGGUUCAACGUCAUUCUCCUCUCGUGUUAUGUCAAGUUUUCGCCUUCUUGCUCGCAUAGCUGGACCGGGUUUUCGAUGGAGGCUUUUCAAGAACUUUAUGAUUUCUCUAAAAUUGCUUUUCCUUCAGCAGUUAUGGUCUGUUUGGAGCUUUGGUCCUUCGAGCUUCUGGUUCUUGCCUCAGGCCUUCUUCCUAAUCCGGUUUUAGAAACUUCGGUGCUUUCCAUCUGUCUAAAUACUUCACUAACAAUCUGGCAGAUCUCGGUUGGUCUUGGUGGUGCUGCGAGCAUAAGAGUCUCGAAUGAGUUAGGAGCAGGGAAUCCACAAGUGGCAAAACUGGCUGUAUAUGUCAUUGUAGGCAUAGCAGUUGCCGAGGGAAUUGUGGUGGUAACGGUUUUGUUGUCGAUUCGGAAGAUCUUAGGUCACGCUUUUAGCAGUGACCCGAAAAUCAUCGCAUAUGCCGCAUCAAUGAUACCAAUUGUUGCAUGUGGAAACUUCCUUGAUGGCCUCCAAUGUGUUCUCUCAGGGGUUGCUAGAGGAUGUGGAUGGCAGAAAAUUGGAGCGUGUGUGAAUCUUGGAUCAUAUUAUCUCGUAGGAGUUCCAUUAGGAUUAUUACUUGGUUUCCAUUUCCACAUUGGUGGUCGGGGGCUUUGGCUGGGAAUCGUAACAGCAUUGGCUGUUCAAGUGUUGUGUCUUUCCUUAGUCACUAUAUUCACAAACUGGGAUAAAGAGGCAAAGAAAGCUACGAACAGAGUCGGGUCUUCAGAUGACAAAGAUGGUGACGUCCAAUGACCAAUACACGUCUGAGCAAAAAGCAGUUGCUAAUGAGCUUAACAAUGUUAACGAAUAAAUGGCUAAUGGUGCU